AUCAAUAGAGUCGCGACCAGCUUGAUAAUCUAAAAUGGCGAUCAGUUUAACACAAACGAAGCGCUUAUAUACGUGGGUAUCAAAAGUAAUGGCUAUCGGAUACCUGUUCUUGUUAUCUGUACCUUUAACAGUUGGAAUUGAAGUCGACUAUCUAACAACAAACUGUAACAGCACAAUAACGGCUCAGAUAGCAGGGGUAAUAGAACCUGAAUCACGCCUGUAUUACUCCAAUAAUGUCGAUUGCAUAACCACUCUGAAGACGUCCGAGGGUCGAUUACUACUUCAGUUUUACCGCUUCGCGUUAGAAGACUACGUAAACAACGAGUGUGUUGAUAAACUGGUCGUGUACGAUGGACCGGACACGAAUAGCACCCAAUUAACUGAUGACAUGUGCGGCCGCAAACGUCCAGAAGAUGUAGAAUCAACUGGUGAUUCGUUGACAUUUAGAUUCGUGUCAGACGAUGAUGGUCAGUCUCUCGGCUUUGGAAUUUACUAUACAACGUUUACAGAAGCUCCAUGUAGCCAAGAUAAAUUUAAAUGCAACAACAGCAAAUGUAUUGCGGCAUCAUUAGUGUGUGACUCUUACGAUAUGUGUGGCGACAAUACCGAUGAAGAGAACUGCGAUGAUGACACAGGUGUCGAAAGUGGUGGUUUGAGCAUCGCUGUAAUAUUUGCCAUUCUUGUCGGAAGCAUCUGCUUCGUCAUUGCUGUCAUCUUAAUUGUUUAUACAAUAAAAGAAAAACAACGUCAGAAGAAACUUACAGAACAGAUUUUAAAAGAAAGCGUAUUGAGACCAUCUGAUAACAAUUACUGCGAUAAAGACUUUUGGGGACCGCGAUAAUUAUUCAACUUAAUUCAACUUUUCCAAACCCCGAUCUCAUAGGCCUAUUAUUAUUAUUAUUAUUAUUAUUAUUUUUGUAACCAUUGUUUAUAUUUAUCAAAAAUUGUAUGCAUUGUUACUGCAUGUUAACAGGAAUACGAUUUCUUCAAUUCCCUUAGUAUACUAUUUAUUAAUUUGGUAACAGUACAAAUAACAAUGAUCUAUAGCACAUUGAAACCCAAUAGAGCCGAUAAAGUGGGGGUGGGGGGGGUACAGGCAGGGAAAGUUCCCAGGCCACUGAGUUGAUAAAAUCGAAAAGUGUGAUUAAACACAGUGAUUUAUUAUUGUUUGAAUUAUAAAGGCUUACCUAAAAGGUUCUAGCUGCCUGUUGAGACCAUCCCGAAAAGCUUGAUACGAUAUUUUGUAGCGUAUAUAAUUCGAUAUUUAUUUACUUUUUUAUGUAUGACUCAGAUAGUUUUUACUUAUAGGUCUAAUUGUUAUGUGGUUAAAAUUGUCACUUGUACAUAAUUUAUAUAAUAUUGUAAAUUUUGCAAAACCUUUGACAGUUAUUCAAAUUUGAAUAAAAACUAGUUUUUCUGUAA